AUGAAACUACAGGCUUUUAUAAUACAAUAUACUUUCAAAAAAUCGAGUGUAUGUUCCUAAAUGUUCUUGGCCGUAAAUUGCAAUGUAGCACAGUAGUAUUUAUGAAAGUGUCUCGAUCGGAACCUAUUAGUUUGACAUGUCUGCAAUCUGAACGGUCUUUGAUUACGUUAUUCUACCGUCGGGUGGCUCCCCUGCACAUUUCCUUUUAGAAUGAUUUAAAUAUUGAGAAAGAUAUGAAAUACGUCACACGACGUUGUUGAUAUAACCAAAGUCUACAAAUAUGUGAGAUCCUAACCUGAGAUCAGGCUCUAUUUUAGAAAUAUAGCCCGACACACACAGCAAAGUUCAUGCUUAGAUCCAAUCAAAAUGUUGCAGGAGAAAUUUGCAACUGGAGAGCAAAAUCGGCAAAUAAUUUUGUGAGUAAAUUGUUUGUUUUACAAUUUUUUAAUUAAUUAAUAGGUGUUUUGAGCGUUUUUGUAUAAAAAAGGUGUUAAGAGUGAAUGUCAGUAAAAAUCGAACAUAUGAGACAUUUCGCGGCCACGACUGAAAAAUCGAUUUUGCUCAAAUUUUGCCCAGAUAUACCUUAUUAUAUCGGAAAAUGCACCAUAUAUUUUUUUAGGUCAAAUGCUUUUUUUAACUUUGAGAAAAUGCCGUUUUAACACGACCACCCUAAAUCGCCAUUUUUCUGGGAAAAUAUGCGCUGAUUUUACAGAUAAAUUUCACGACGACAACCGUUUCUAAUCGAUCUAAAACCCUAAAAAUCUUGUUUCCGGUUAUUCAAAGGACUGUGUACAUGACUUACAGGAAAUCUGAGUUACUUUUAGGAAUAGAAAUAAGCGUAGUUUUGGAGCACACUAUCUUACUUCAUUUACGAUACCCUCUUAACAAAAUCGAUUUUCACCAUGCGAUAAAGCUCCAAAUCGAUCAUGCUUCUACUAGUUGGCUCUUUAAUAAGCAAGCUUUCAAUUGACGUAAAUACUUCUUUUGGCAAAUGAAUACGCGAUAAACGACAGCGCGUUGAAAUCUUCCGUUUUUGACGUCUUGCAAGUCAAACGCUGUUAAUUUACAUACCGUCGAAGUAAACAAUUUAAUCAAGUAUUUUAAGUAUUUUACCUUUUGAGAAAAAGAUAUAUUCUUGAAUGGAGACUUUUUGCCUUGCUUAGUUUAAAAUUGGUCCAAAAAUCCCGAGAUAUUUGUAAAAUAUCAUCAUAUACAGGUAUUUUGAAAUAUAAUAUUGUUGUCAGUUGCAUGACAACUUCAGAUCAUUGUUCAAUAUUGUCUACUUUUAAUAAUAGCGCAAACAUACAAAUCGAUGAGCUGUUUAGUGAUUUUAUAUUUGUUACUAAAUUUCCCAAAAUUAGAACUUCAAUUGACAAUUGUUGUUUUGUUCCAGUUUGCAUUGAUCCAUAUAAUGUACCAUUUAGUAUUUACAUAUCGACUAUCGAGUAUAAAUGUUUACGAAUACAUAAGUUAAUUAUUAAGCAGCUGUUAAUAGCGUGCGUGUGAAAUGAACAUUUAUCCAUACAAGGAUUUGUUAUUUUAUUAUAUAUUCUACCACCUCAAACUCAAAUUAUAGGCAUAUAGCAAAUACUGUAGUUUAGAAUAAUGUGUGUUUACUUUGAUGCACAUGAGUUAAAAUAAUCAGUAAAAUUACUUUAUUUUGAUACACUAAUGUCUAUUGAUCUUAUUAUAUUUCACAAGUACUAGUACCCAGAAAUACAGCAUUGAGUAUUUUGGCCCAGUGCGACAUCACAAAUUAUUAUUGUCUCCCCAUACGUCGCGUUUAAAGAAAAUGAAAGCUUGUUGCUCGUUUAACGCCGGAUUAACCACGUGCCAAAUACGGCAAAUGCCGUGGGCCUCGCGCUUUACUGUGCUACGCCCAUUUUUACGAUUGGGAUACACCCAUUUUAGGUGCCUCGCGAAUUUAGGGACCUCGCGCAUUUAGGGCCCCUAGGCUUGGCAGUUCGCCCUAGCACGGCCCCGGGGAAAUAUGCAAUACUCGUGUUCAUAUAAUCUUUAGUUGCGUUGAGCUGUUAUAUUAUGAUCCUGUUUAUACCCACCAACUGCGCCAGGCAGGCCAUUAUCUCGUUUAUAAUUGAUGCAAAUAAAUUGAAAUAUUGAAAAAAAUUGUUUAACACUUUUGUGUGUCUUUAAAUUCAAUGGUUUUCAUAAAAGGAAGAAAGGGGGAGGUUUGGGGGCCUCGCGCUAAAAUUUGCCACGGGCCUCGCGCGACGUUAAUCCGGCCCUGGUCACUUGUCGGUAGUUCUUGCGGUUUUAAUGCCAAUUGACAAAGAUCAAAAGAGAGCACUGAUGACUCCCCCCGUCGGAGAAAUACUGGCGCAGCCCAAACCAGCUCAGUGAAAUAUGGGGCCCAGGGCCAAUUAUACCCUUGGGGCCCCGGUGAACCACAAUUACCCCCCUCCGUCGACAAACUUUUUAUCGCCUUGCAAAUUUGUAUUUGCCUGUCUUCCUUGAGCUGGGGUCGCGGAGAAAAUUGCUCCCUUUGCCGCCUCCCUGCAUGGGCGGCCCUGGCGCCGCCCUUGUCUAAUUAUGAUACUCGCUCAGCUGAUCUUCUCAACAUGCUUUCUUGGGAUACACUUGAAAAUAGGCGGUCUGGUGCCAAGUCAGUAUUAAUGUAUAAAAUACUUAACGACCACACUGCGCCAGGUCUCCGGGGGUCAUUCGUGAGAAGAGAAAUAGAUCAAACUAAUUAUCAUCUUCGAAACACAACAACUGAUCUAACAAUUCCUAAACCGAAACGAGAAUUUCUUAAAAAAAGUUUUAAAUAUAGCGGCGCUAUGCUAUGGAAUCAACUCCCAAACGAAGCAAAAUUGGCCGAGUCGCCUCAUUCGUUUAAAUCAAUUGUUGGACAGCGACAUGCUUCCUAAUUAUUUGUAUAUAGUAACGUGUACAGUAUGUGUGUACUAAUAUUUAGUUUAAAUUUUCCUUUUAAUGAUUUUUAAGAUCUAAACACGCCCCCAUGGAAACCAGCCUAGAGUUGAUGGGGCUAGCGUGUUCUUCUUUCUGUUAAUUUUAAAUAAAGUAUUACCUACCUACCUACCUACCUACCUACCUACCUUGUCUUAUCAUAACUGGCGCGGCUCGAUGAAUUAAUUGCCGCUUUCAAACAGAGGUUUAUUAUUUUAAACCUCUAGAACCAGAGUACCUUUUGUCACUCUGUCUCUGAGGCCAGCGAAAUAACCUCUUCCGCAACAUGCACGUACGCGUCUACUAUCGUCAAGAAACAAUCAAUACGUAUAAUCGUUGUGGUCUGUGGGAUUUUAAUUCAAUAGUGUAAACCUUGCAGUUUUAGGGAAGCCUCACAUAUCGAUUUUUCCACAAGAAACGUCAUAUGUUCGUUUUGGGGGUGGGGAACGGGGGUUUACAGCUGUGACGUUUCUCUGUAAAUAUCAUGGAAAAGUUCGAUAGUUUUUUCGAAUACCUUAACAUUUCGGAAUCAACUUUGCAGAGUAUAAAAAAGAAAACAACUUGAAAGAAAACGACUAUUCAAAUAUAAAGGCUGGUAAACUAAAAAUAAAAACUCCUUAUUUGGAUAAACAUUAUAAACGUUCAUCUCACAUGUACACGCACGCUAACAGCUGCUUAAUAAUUAACUUACGUAUUUGUCAACAUCAGUCGAUAAAUAAAAUGGUACAUUAAUAUGGACAAAAUGGAUCAAAACCUCUGAAAACAGCAGUUGUAGUUCCAAUUCUUUUGGGGAAUUUAGUAGCAAAUAUAAUCCUUAAAUAGCUCAUCGAUUUGUAUAUGUUAGCGCUAUUAAAAGUCAAACGGCCGGGUCGGCGGGUCGUAGAUCACGUUGAAUAAUGAUCUGAAGUUAUCAUGCAACCGUCAACAAUGUCUCAAAAUACUGGAUGUUUGAUGAUUUUUUUACAAAUAUACUGGGAUUUCUGGACCACUUUUAAACUUAGCAAAGUGAAAAGUCCCCAUUCAAGAAUAUGUUUUUUCUCAAAAGGUAAAAUACUUAGAAUACUUGAUUAAAUUGUUUACUUUGACGGUGUAUAAAUUAACAGCGUUUGACUUGCAAGACGUCAAAAACGGAAGAUUUCAACGCGCUGUCGUUUAUCGCGUAUUCAUUUGCCAAAAGAAGUAUUUACGUCAAUUGAAGGCUUUUUUAUUCAAGAGCCAACUAGUAGAAGCAUGAUCGAUUUGGAGCUUUAUCGCAUGGUGAAAAUCGAUUUUGUUAAGAGGGUAUCGCAAAUGAAGUAAGAUAGUGUGCUCCAAAACUACGAUUAUUUCUAUUCCUAAAAGUAACUCAGAUUUCCUGUAAGUCAUGUACACAGUCCUUUGAAUAACCAAAAACAAGAUUUUUAGGGUUUUAGAUCGAUUAGAAACGGUUGUCGUCGUGAAAUUUAUCUGUAAAAUCAGCGCAUAUUUUCCACCAAAAAAAUGGCGAUUUAGGGUGGUCGUGUUAAAACGGCAUUUUCUCAAAGUUAAAAAAGCAUUUGACCUAAAAAAAUAUAUGGUGCAUUUUCCGAUAUAAUAAGGUAUAUCUGGGCAAAAUUUGAGCAAAAUCGAUUUUUCAGUCGUGGCCGCUUUAUGUUUGAUUUUUGUGGACAUCCUCUCUUAAGACUUUUUGCAAAGAGCAACAAGACUGAUUCUUUCUUUAAAAAUGGCUUUAUCUAUUUGAGGAAAAGCUAUAUCAUCACUCGCUGUUUUUUUUUUAUUACGCUUCAUUAUUGAUCACCUAGAACGACCGGGAGAACGGUAAUGAUUACGAUAGUGGAAGGAGAGAUGAUCGCAGAGGAAGAAAACGCUGUGACGGAAAGAGUGAUAAGGGCGAUGAUGACGAUUAUGAUGAUUACGACAAUGAUGAUCGCGAUAAAGAUGGUAGUGAUAGAGGCGGUUACAGUAGAGGUGGUCGUAGGGGAAGAAAGCGUUGUCGGGGAAAGAGUGAUAGAGACGAUUAUAAUAACGAUUACGACAGAUAUGAUGACGAUAGAGAUGGAGAUGAUAGAGGCGGUUACAGUAGAGGUGGUCGUGGGGGAAGAAAACGUUGUCGGGGAAAGAGUGAUAGAGACGAUUAUAAUAACGAUUACGAUAGAUAUGAUGACGAUAAAGAUGGAGGUGAUAGAGACGAUUACAGAAGAGGUGAUCGUGGGGGAAAACCUCGUCGAAGAAAAUGCCGCAAGAAUUGUUGGGUAAGUAUUUUUGCAUUUGUUAUAACAAUAUAAUUUUUAUGCCAAACAAGCAUCGAAAAUGUUCCGCUUUAUUUUACAGGAAAAGUGCUUUGCCGAUCUAAUUGACUGUACGGAUGGUAAUUCCACCCGCGGUGAAUGCAUAGAGAAAUUAAAAGAUUGCCUUCAAAAUUGCAGGAAGGUAUACUCAGGUUUCUUUACUGAGAUCAGUAGUGUACACAAGGUUUUCUUAACGUUUCUAUAGUUGACGGUGAAAAACGCGUCACAACAUUGGUUCAUGCGCACGACGCAAAUUUAUUGAUUUAUUAGAACAGAUUUAGCGUAACAGUAUUUAGCUCAAACGCUCUACCAUGAUACAGGCAGUUUAAAAGGCAAGGAAACAUUUUUGAAUCUCACUAUAACUACAGUACUUAAAUGCGAAAAAUGUAGACUUUUCGAAAAAUGGGAGAAAGUACAGCAGUAUAUACAUUACCAUAUGCGUUGCAUUUGGAACAUCACAAAUUUCAAAUAGGUCUCUCGUGCUGACGUGAACUUUUCUUCUCCGCGUUUUAAUUAUCCAAGCCUACUGAAAGUUAUCCUCCUCGGUCAGCCUCGUGCAAUAAGUGCUUAAUAUAUUUCAUGUCAGUAUAACUUGGUACCAGCAUAGUCAAUAUCAUGUGGAAUGCAUUAUUGGAUGAAAAUUGUAGAAGGGCAGUUGGUCUGCAUAUUUUAAAUCCCAAAAUUGCUAUUUUUAUUUAAUUAAAUUAGACAUAUAAAUGUAUUUAUUGAAUAUAAAAAUACUAAUUUUUAACGCUUCGUUGAUAUAGAGUCGUUCCAAGAAUAGCACCUUGGCAGUUCAAGAUUGUUGGGUAUGUUUAAAACGAUAAUAUUUAUUCGAAACACUCUUAGCUGUCCUGCGAGUCACACGGGACGACAUAUUUCAGGGAUUGGUUGUGGGGAUCCCUCAAAUGUUCAUAAGAAAAGCAAUUCCAAACGACUAUAUGGGGGGGGGGGGGAAGUGGUCUCACAAAGCGACCAUUGGACAGAUUUAGAUCGAGGACGCGGACAUCAAAAACGACGUGGAAAUCGCGUCAAAAUGGCGUGGCAUAUCCAUACAUGGGCAGAACACGCCAUUUUCACGUCGUCUUUUACGUCCGCGUCCUCGAUCUAAAUCUGUCUAUUAUGUUGGAACAAGUCUUCGCUGAAAGGAAAUGACGUAGCCUGAUUUGUUAGGAAUAUCGUUCGCUGAUUGGUCAAUUAUAAUUUUCCUCCACGACCUAUUUUACGAAAUCAAAUCAUUUUGUCCACGAAACGAUUUUGAGAUAAGUCACUCAAUGAAAUCUGUCCUCGCGAUCUGUUCCUCUGAGUUAUCGUUCGGGGUGUUGUGUGACUGAACAAAGCGAAAUGAUGUACUGUACCAUUUUGACGUAUUGUGAGCAUCCAAUUUCCAGAAUAUAAAAUAGAUUUUUAGAAAUUUUGAGGCAUGUGCGCUAACUAUAAUGCUCGAUUUAACAGAAAAACUGCACAGAGAAACUCUUUGAAUGCCUGAGGAACGAGAAUACGAGAAGUGUUGUGUGCGUGAAGCAGAAGGACGCUUGUGGAAGAAAAUGCAAGGUAUGACUUAUUUCUUUUCCUGUUUGACAAUCGUUGUCUUUAUCUUCAUAAUUUUUGGUAACAUCCCCGACAGCUAUAUACCUAUCUUUCCCACACACAAACCACACAAAAUAAAUAUGUACCACUCAUAUAAUUCUUGAUUAACCACCUUACAUAUAACUAAGCGUGCCAAAGUAGUAUACAAUUAUCACUUAUUUACUGAGACCGAGGAAACAGUGUGUUUUGUGAAACAUCGACGGUCGAGGGUCCACAAAACACACUGCUUUCCCAAGGUCUCAGUAAAUAAGUGUUUUAUCAUAUAUGAAUAGUCAAAGAAACAACAAAUUAAAGAACAAAUGAACGUAAAUACAUGAAAUGGGCACCUCGAGCCUCGUCACGCGAUCUUGCGAUCCUGGAGGGUGUUCAGAGACGAGCUAUUACAUUUAUACUUGAAAAUUAUGAGUUGUCUUAUCUUGAUCGUCUUAAGGAAACUUAAUUUAUGGCCUACAUUAUACUGGCUUGAAAUAAACGAUCUCAUCUUUUUUUUUAAAAUGCCAACAAGGCCUCUACGACCUAGAUAUCUCCUCUUCUGUCACCUUUUCUUCUAAUCGCUCAUCUCGCACCCGUUCAAGCAAGGACAACUUGCUUCAAGUCAAUCCAUGCAAAACCUCUCUUUUUAGAAACUCGUUUUUUAACCGAAUUGUCUUUCUAUGGAACAAUCUCUCUCCGAUCAUUCGUAACAGUUCGUCUGUUUCAUCCUUUAAGCUACAGCUCCAUUCUCACCACGCUUCUCAAUUAGACUCCUCUUUCGAUGUUAACAGAAUGCGCACUUGGAGGUUAAUUAUUAAUUAUUAAUUAUUAAUUAUUAAAUUUCUAUAUUAAAUUCCUAAAUUAUUAAUUUCUAUAUAGUUAUGUAAAUAGUGUUCUAGCCCUUGUCUUUAAUGUAUGUCUACUUAUUGUAUUGUAUCAGGUUGGUCACUUUGUCUUCACAUGGUACUCAUGUCCAGUUGACCAUACUUUCAAUCAUUGUUAUAAUUUUUGUAUGAUUGUAAAGUUAAUAAAUAAAUAAAUAAAUAAAUAUUUUAUUGUUAAAACGUUAAAUUAAACACUGCAGUUACUUAAAGCGACAGUUUAAAUUGUUAUAUUGUAAUUGUUAUAUUGUUUUAAAUUGUCAGGCAUGUCCAAUGGUUGUAUUUUCACGUGAUGGCGCAUGUGAUUUUUUUUUCGUUAUUCGCCGGUCGAUAACGUAUUAUUUCCCUCUCGCGCUGUUUCGAAGGAGUGAGACAGCCUAAUUUCGUCACUUUCGCGUGAUAUGCUCUCGAUUAAUAAAACACUAGAAAAAUGCGACUUUGACUAUUGGUAUAUAAUAAUAAUAGUAAUUAUUUCUUGAUAUCUAUUCGAGUUUCAUGUUGAUUAAUUGUAUUUAUCGACGUGACCGUGACCAAUCGUUUGAGAUUGAGUUAUCUAUAUACAUAGUUCAACAUUCGUAUAAAAAUAAGAAAUAGAAAUAUGUUACUUUUACGAAAUAAAACUAACAAACCAUGCAUGCAGGAAAUCGUCGCAUUUUUUAAGUGCUAGUUUCGUACAUUCGAUAUGCAUAUGGAUUUUUGCGAAGAACAACAAAAACAAAUUCAGACCUUCUUCCUUUUAGAAGUGCCAAGUCUAUCUGAAGGAAGACUAUUUCAUUUCUUGCUGUUUUUAGAAUUAAUUACCUUCAUUAUUGAUCACCUAGAACGACCGUGAAGACGAAAAUGAUUACAAUAGGGAUAAUGAUGACGAUGAUGAUAAAGAUGAUAAAGACUAUGGAAGAGGAGGUUAUCGUAGGGGUAAAAAACGUUGUCGGGGAAAGAGUGAUAAGGAUGAUGAUUAUAAUAAUGAUUACGACAGAUAUAACACUAGAGAUGACGGUGAUAGAGACGGUUACAGGCGAGGUGAUCGUGGGGGGAAAUCUCGUCGAAGAAAAUGCCGCAAGAAUUGUUGGGUAAGUACUUUGCAUUUGUAUUUAUAAUACAAUUUUUAUGCAAAACGAGCAUCGAAAACGUUCCGCUUUAUUUUUACAGGAAAAGUGCUUUGCCGAUCUAAUUGACUGUACGAAUGGUAAUUCUACACGCGGUGAAUGCAUACAGAAAUUGAAAGAUUGCCUUCAAAAUUGCAGGAAGGUACAAGGUUUUCGUAAUGUCUCUAAUAAACGGUGUAAUACGAAUAACAAAUUUCAGUUACAUCAACUUCGUUUUUGUGAGGCAAAUUUCUUGAUUACGAAAAUAAAAGGUCUGAAGCAAUUGGACAACAUUUACCUCGAAUAUUUCGCCAUCAUACAGGCAGUCUUAAAAAACAAGGGAACCGUUUUGGAUCUCUAGAAUGCGGAAAAUAUUGGCAUUUGGAAAAAUGGAUGACAAACACAGUAUACACUUGUUGUAUUUGUGACUGCUGGCGUCAGCUGCUUGCUACCGUUUUUUUAAUUAUCUAUAUGCAUGAACCAAGUUAUGUAUGCGCCUCAACUGUGCAAGUCUAACUUGGUACCAGUAUAAUCAAUAAUAUUUGUCGAAUGCAUUCUUGGUGGAAUGUUGUUAAUUAAGUGGAAGGGCAGUUGACCAUUAUUUUUGUCAAUCUUAAAAUUUGCUAUUCUGUUCCGAUUAUGCAAAUAUAUGUACUUAUUCAAUAUGAAAAUGCUAUUGUGAAUGAUUUAUUCAUAUAGGGUCGCUCCAAGAAUAGUACCUUGGCUGUUCAAAAUUGCUGGGUAUGUUUAAAGAGAUAAUGUUCUUUUGAAACUUCGUUUUUGGCUGUCGUGCGAGAUUAUGCAGUCAUACGUUCGUCUUUAAAUUAGCGUAGAUAUUAACUUCUUAUUAACCGAGCGCGAGGUCUUUACAGAGAAAUAUCGGACCGAGGUGUUUUUUGUACGGACCAAGCCCGUAGGGCGAGGUUUGUACAAAAAGACCGAAGUCCGAUAUUACUUUGUAAAGACCGAGCAAGGGAGGUUAAUAAAAAUUUAUUAUAUGGCAUUUAUAGGCAUUUAUAGUCGAAACAAUAAAGAAAUGUAUGGUUUGAAAUGCAUAUUAGUAGCGUGCAUGUUACACAUUUGAUCGAAGAAAACAAAAAAUGCCAAAUGUAUCCCUUCCUUUCCACUAAAACCAUUCGCAGAUAUCUUGUUAAUAACAAAUUAAAUUAUAAUUUUCAAAUUUUCAGUUUGUUUUGCUGUUUUGUUUUAAAAUUCAUGCGUUUGUUUUUACGUAAUGGACCGCCAAAAUAAUGGACCGCCAAAAUAAUGGACCGCUGAAAGUGCUUCUCAGCUAAUCACAGUCCGCCAUUUCACUGGAAGUGAUGCUUGUCAUAUAAUAAAAAAGACUAAUCAAAGAGGCGACAUGUUUUUGGAAUAUGUUUGGAAAUCCCAAUGACUAUUUGAGACAUUUAUGUCUGAAUACCUUUCUCUGUUCUGUCAGUUUCAGUUUCCUCCACGACCAGUUGUAUGAAAUCAAACCAAUUAGCCUGUAGAAGGUUUUUGAGUAAUUCACAUAAUUAUAAAAUCUACAUGUCCUAUCGGCCUGUCCCUCCAAAUUACUCCAUAGUAUGUUGUGUAAUGAACAAUGAAAAAUGAUGUUGCUCUGGAUCUUUUGAGACCUUUAAAAUUGGAAGGAAAUCUCAUAUAUUUCAUAUAUACCAUAUAUUUUGUCAAAACAUAAGUAUUUUAUUUUGAUAAGAUUAAUAAAUUUUUGAAAUGUUGCGCCAUAUCUUCUAACUACAAUGCUUGCUUUAACAGAAAAACUGCACAGAUGAACUGUUCGAUUGUCUGGGGAAUGAAAAUACGAGAAGCAUAGUGUGCGUGGAACAGAAAGAUGUUUGUGGAAGGAAAUGCAAGGUUUGACUUACACCUCUUCUUGCUAACGAUAUUUGUUUUUACCUUUAUGGUUUUUGGUUAUAAAGAACAAUAAGAUUGGUUCUUUCUUCAGGAAAGGCUAGAUCAAUUUCAAGAAAUGUCUUUUCAGCACUUGGUAUUUUUUUAAUUAGUCUUCAUUAUUAAUCACUUAGAACGACCGUGAGGACGAAAAUGAUAACGAUAGCGAUGAUGAUGAUGAAGAUGAUAGGGACGAUGCAAGAAGAGAUCGUGGUAGGGGUAAAAAACGUUGUCGCGGAAAGAGUGAUAAGGGCGAUGAUGACGGUUAUGAUAAUGAUUACGAAAAGGAUGACGACGAUGAAGAUGGAAACGGUAGAGACGAUGAAAGGAGUGGUCGUCGUAGGGGAAGUAAACGUUGUCGGGGAAAGAGUGACAAGGACGACAACGGCGAUUAUGACAAAGAUUACGACAGGGAUGAUGACGAUAAAGAUGGAGGUGAUAGAGACGGUUACGGGAGAGGUGAUCGUGGGGGGAAACCUCGUCGAAGAAAAUGCAGCAAGAAUUGUUGGGUACGUAUUUUGAGUUUAUUAUAAUAAUAACAUUUUUCUUCUCAAAGAGAAUCGAAAACGUUCUACUUUAUUUUACAGGAAAAGUGCUUUGCCGAUUUAAUUGACUGUACGAAUGGCAAUUCAACCCGCGGUGAAUGCAUAGAGAAAUUAAAGGAUUGCCUUCAAAAUUGCAGGAAGGUAUGUUCGGGUUUUGUUAAUGAGAUCAUUUAUGCACACAAGGUUUUCUUAAUGUCCCAAAAAGAUCGUGUGAAACGCAUGACAAAUUUCAAUUAUACCAACACGUUGUUGUGAAGCAAAGUUCUUGAUUACGAAAGUAAAAAAUCUAAAACGAAGUGAAAUACUACGAAUACUUUGCCAUUUUAAGGUUAACAGGUAACAAAAUACAAAUGUGAAAUGAAAUUGCCCUAGAGGAACUAGAUGAAAAUACGAACAAAAGCACCAAAUGUUGCUUUAACAAAAGAACUAAAUGAAAAUAGAACAAAAGCACCAAAUUUUGGUUGAUAGUCUGGCAGGACUGGGCUUUAGCGAGAGAAUAUGAUGUUGACAUUGAGAAGUAUCCAAUUUUGUCAUGCUAAUAAUAAACAAGUAACCAUGCGUUGUUACUCGUACACUUAGGGAUUAAUAGUGCUCGUGAUGUUUGGAAAUUUUUCAAAUUGAACUCGCCCCGGCCGCUCGUCCAAUUUUGGAAAAAUUUCCAAACAUUUCUUACACGAUGAUAUUUGUGAUGUUACUCUGAGUUUAUAUCAACACCGGGCGAGCUCGAGUUCGAGCUCGCCCGGUGUGGAUAUACAUUCAGAGUAACAUCACAAAUAUCAUAUUCAUCUGAGCACACAACACCAACACAGAAAAAAAUCUCUCGCACUAUUAAUCCCUAGUUGUACUCUCCAUCGCAUGAUACCUAUAUUAAAAAAAGGAAACCAAUUUGAAUCUUCUGAUUUGUUUUUUUACCAUUCAAGGCCGUUGUUAUCAUCCUCCAUGGCCUAGCUUAAGGUCAUUUUCCAUUUCGCCUGUAUCGUACCGUAACGUACCGAUGAGCACGCGCAGCUUGAAAAUGGUUUUUCCAAUUUAAGUACUGCCGGUUGAUUUGCGUAUCAGAAUUGAAAACGAAUCAACAUUCACUAAAUUUUGAAAUUUAAAAUUUGUUUUGAUAUGUGUCAGUACUAUACGUCGCGCUUGAAGUGGAAAGUGUGCAAAUUUUUUUAAUAUUAUGUCUGUCAUGCCAGUCUAACUACCUUUAAGUACAAUCAAUAUUGCAUGUACAAUUCAUUAUUGGAGAAAUUGUCUAGUGGAAAGGAAAAAGAACGCUGCAUAUUUUUCAAACUUUUAUGUUUCCUCUUGUGUUAAAUUACAUAAGUAAAUUUAUUUAGUGAAUAUUAAAACGGUGAUUUGGAAUAUUCUGUUGAUAUAGAGUCGUUCUAAGAAUAGCACCUUGGCUGUUCAGAAUUGUUGGGUAUGUUUGAAACGAUAAAUACUGUUUUGAAACUUUUUUGCUGUCCUGCGAGAGGAGUCCUAUUUUCAGCUUUAGAUUAGUGUAGAUGAAGAUUUGAUCACACGGGCCGACAUGUUUCCACGGGAUCGAUUAAGGGUCCCCUCGAAAGUUCAGACGGAAAACUAUUCUAAACGACUAUUUGCGACGGGAUAAGCGGCCACACCAAGCGAGAUUAGGGAGUUUACGAAUGUAAGACGGCGACGUCAGGACGACGGCUAUCAAUACAAUUCCAUUAAUCCUUUAGCACAAAAAGUCUAGUCUUAAAAAGUCUAGCAGAGGUUUUAGACGUCGUGCAAGCUCUGUUGACAACGACAAAAUGCAUAUUUUCACGUCUUGUAUUGUACGCCAGCAUUUCAAGCCGUAACAUGUAGUUCUUCUAGCAGAGUUGAUCAACAUUGCUCUCAAGGUUAAAGCUCUGUUUUACUCGUUCGAAACUAUUUUAAAUUCAUAUACGAAAGUAAAUACAAGACCAGAUUUCCAUACAAUCAUUUAUUUCAAACAGUUUGUUUAGCUGUCGUCCUGACGUCGCCGUCUUACAUUCGUAAACUCACUAUUACCUCGUGGCAAGUCGCCGUUUAGUGUGUUGUGUGACCAACCAACGAGAAACGCUGUUGCUUCAGAUCAUUAGAAAGAAAUGGAAAAUUUAACUAAAUGAAUAUUCUAAAACAACUGAAAGUUAUAUUCACGUACCUUAGAACAUUAUCCUAUUGCAAGCGAUUACGAGUAUCACAUCUUCCACAUGUGCUAACUAUGAACUACGUUUUAACAGAAAAACUGCACAAAGAAACUGUUUGAUUGCCUGGGGAAUGAGAAUAUGAGAAGCGUUGAGUGCGUAAAACAGAAAGAUUGCUGUGGAAGAAAAUGCAAGGUCUGACUUCAACCUUUUAUUGGUGAUAAUUUUUCGUAUCUUAAUAUUUUUUGUCAUAUCCCCGACAUCCAUGUACAGAACUUUCCCACAUCAUAUCAUUUUUUAUUCACCUCGUAGCCGAGAUAUCACUAAGCUUGCGAACGUAGCAUACAGUGGUAAUUAAGUCUUGUUAGCAGAUAUACUAUAGGUCAGUGCGAAAACAGAAGCCUGUUCGCAGGCUAAAUUCAACAUGGCGGCAUGUUUCGAGCAUUUCGAGCCGUUUAGCUUUUUGAAAGUUAUAUUUUACUACAGAACUGAAGUGUUUUCUACUUUUAUAGUUUUAAGGUAAGAAUUAAAGAAUUAUAAUGAACAUUUUUCAGUGUACCAGUGUAUAAUCAGUUUAAUUAAGCAUGCAAGUAAUUUGUACAAUAUAAAAGCUGUAUUUUUUAGAGAUUUAUCAUACAACAAUGAUUAAUAAAUGUACUGGAUAUUGGCUGGAUAAUUUUGUCAGAACAACCUACUUGCAGGACAAUCUUACCUCAAUUCAUUAGUAUGGCUAUAAGAAAAGAACUUAACAGCUACAAUAAUCAUAUGGAUGGAUCUGAUCAUUGACAUGCAGUACAAUGUACAAAAUUAAACUUGUGAUAUUCGUACGGAUUUUCUUUUUACAUGGAUAUGCUACGUUAUACAGUACUGAGCAGUGUGAUCUAUCAUUAUUACCUCAGUGUGUGCAGGGAUGGAAUGAAAUUGUAUACUUGUGACCUUCAAAGCAUUUUCUACUGAUGAGGGGCAUUUGAUGAGUGGUGUUUAAUUGCUACCGUAAUGUAGGUUCCUGGAAUAGUUUGUGUAUGUUACUCAACAGUUGACAUUGGAAAAUGUAACCCAUGCUGUAUUAAUAAGUGACGGAACAUUUGCUUCAUAUGAUUGCCAAUAAAGUUUUCAAAAAUUCUAUGUGUAUGGAUUGACAAGUGACAACACGAGUAUUGGCGUUUAAAAUGUUUUGCAUAUCUUGAUUAUACGGGUGAUAAAGAUUGUCAAGCUAUCACUGUGACAUCCCAGUUUUAUAUAUCAACAUUUAAUGACGUCGCAGCUUUGUUGACCUAAGGAAACAUGUGUUACACUGAUGGAAAUAUCACUGCAAGUGGAAUUUAUAACAGCUAUUUUAUUGUAAUUAUUCACUAUGGAAGCCAGACUUCAUUACUAUUUUAUUCACUAGAAUCUAAUUGUAGUAUUUGUUGUAUCAUUUUUUUAUUUCCUCACUGAUGAUCAUAUAAGAGUGAUAAGUUAAAUUUUUUUGAACAGCUCUGUUAGAUGUGUAUUAAGUCUGACUUUAAAAUCUAAUUUGCUAUUAGAUAAUAAGCAGUGUCGAAGCCAGCCCGACAAUUUGGUCAUGCUAUGUAAAAAAAAUCAAUUUCUAAAGAAAUGAAUAAUGAUAAUGAUUUAUAAUUUGCAUAGCAUGACCAAAUUGUCGGGCUGGCUUUGCCACUGAUAAUAAGUGAUGAAUAUUUCAAUUGUCUCAUGCCAACUUUAUUAUUCAGUUCCAAGCUGUUGGGAAGUUUGCUUUGAAUUUUAUUGUUUGCUUUAUUUUAACCUAGGGUUAAGCUAACCGACUUUUGAAAAUUGAAGAAGAAAAUCGCACUAGAAAUAGCAGCAAAAAUUGCAAGUGUAAACGCACCUUUAUAAUUAUAUCUGUCGCAGAUACAUGCACGCUUGGCGUACCUAUUUGUAUUAAUUGUACUUACCGGCCGUUAGGAACUCGCCGCAUCUAUUAAGUGUUAGUUUCGUACAUUAUAUAUACUCCAUCUGUCUAGGCAUUAUAUCAUCACUUGCUGUUUUUUAAUUAACCUUCAUUAUUGAUUACGUAGAAUGACCGGGAGGACGGUAAUGAUUACGAUAGGGAUGAUGAUGAUAAAGAUGAUAGAAACGAUGGAAGGAGAGAUGAUCGUAGGGGAAGAAAACGCUGUCGCGGAAAGAGUUAUAAGGACGAUGAUGACAAUGAUUACGACAGGGAUAAUGACGAUAAAGAUGGUGGUAAUAGAGGCGGUUACAGGAGAGGUGAUCGUGGGGGAAAACCUCGUCAAAAAAAAUGCCGCAAGAAUUGUUGGGUAAGUAUUUUGCAUUUAUUACACUAAUACACAUUUUUUGCCAAACGAACAUCGAAAACGUUCCGCUUUAUUUUACAGGAAAAGUGCUUUGCCGAUCUAAUUGACUGUACGAAUAGUAAUUCCACCCGCGGUGAAUGUAUAGAAAAAUUGAAAGAUUGCCUUCAAAAUUGCAGGAAGGUACUGUAUGUUCAGGUUUCCUUAAUGAGAUCAAUAGUGUACACAAGGCUUUCUUAAUGUAUGUGAGAGACGAUAUAAUACGCCUAACAAAUUUCAAGUACAUCAACAUUCGUUUUUAUGACGCAAAUUUGUUGAUUACGAAUGUACAAAAUCUAAAACAAAAAGGAAUACUAGGAAUAUUAAUUUGCCAUGAUGCAGACAAAUUCAAAAGGCAAGAAACCAUUUUGAAUCGUUUUUUACUAUACGUGGUCAAUGUUAUCCUCCAUUGCCAGCCUCAUGCAAAUAUUGUUAAAUGUCAGUCAUGUCUGUUAUGCUAGUCUAACUUCAUUCAAGUACAAUCAAUAUUGCAUAAACAAUUCCUUAUUGGGGAAUUUGUUAAGUGGAACGGAAGAAGACCAGUACAUUUUAUUCAAAUUUUCAAAUUUCAUAUUGUGUUCAAAUUAUAAAAAAUAAAAUUAUUUAAACUGUGAUUUGGAAUAUUCUAUUGAUAUAGAGUCGUUCCAGGAAUAGCACCUUGGCUGUUCAGGAUUGUUGGGUAUGUUUAAAACUGUUCAAUUGUUUUGAAAUUUAUUUUUUGCCUCUACUACGAGAUGAGUCCUAUUGUCACCUUUAGAUUAGAAGCUGUCAUCAGACGGACCUACAUGAUUCAGCGAUUGGUUGGGGGAUCCCUCAAAAUUUUAGACGGAAAGUUCUAGACGACUAUUUGUGACAAGAUAGGUCGCCACUCCAAAUUUAAUUUUGAGUUAAGGAAUGGGAAAUUUUAUAAUUAAAUGAAUAUUCGAAAACAACGCAAAGUUAUGUUCAUGUACCUUAUAAACUUAUACUAUUGCAACAUUUGCAAGCCAUUAGGAGUAUCAUGUUUUCCAUGUGUGCUAACUAUAAGUUUUGUUUUAACAGAAAAACUGCACAGAGAAACUGUUUGGUUGUCUGGGCAACGAGAAUACGAAAAGCGUUGAGUGCGUGAAGCAGAAAGAUUGUUGUGGGAGGAAAUGCAAGGUCUGAUUUUCACGUUUUAUUGUUGACGAUUUUUUUAUCUUAAUGAUUUUUUGUCAUAUCGCUAACACCUAUAUGCAGAACUUUCUCCCACAUAAAAAUCGAAAAAGAAAUACAUACCUAUCUUAUCAUUUUUUAUUCACAACCUGUAAUGUUACUAAACAAGCUUGCCAACAAAGAAUACAGUGGUAAUUAAUUCUUGUUAUCUGUUUGAUAUUCAAUUUUAUCAAUUGUAUUUACCGGCCGUUAGGAACACGUCACAUUUUUAUAACAUAAGUUCUUUUUUUAAGAAAGACUUUAUCCAUUUGAGAAAAGGCUAUUUCAUCACUCGCUGAUUUUGAAUUAACAUUCAUUAUUGAUUACCUAGAACGACCGGGAGGACGGUAAUGAUUACGAUGAUAACAAAGAUGAUAGAGACGGUUACAGGCGAGGUGAUCGUGGGGGAAGAAAGCGUUGUCGGGGAAAGAAUGAUGAGGACGAUGAAGACAAUGAAGGUGGUCGUAAUAGAGGCGGUUACAGUAGAGGUGAUCGUGGAGGAAGAAAGCGGUGUCGGGGAAAGAGUGACAGGGACGAUUAUAAUAACGAUUACGGCAAAGAUAAUGACAAUAAAGAUGGUGGUGAUAGAGAUGAUUACAGGAGAGGUGAUCGUGGAGGAAAAUCUCGUCGAAGAAAUUGCCGCAAGAAUUGUUGGGUAAGUAUUUUGCAUUUCUUAUAAUACAAUUUUCAUCUCUAACAAGCAUCGAAAACGUUCUGCUUUAUUUUUAUAGGAAAAGUGCUUUGCCGAUCUAAUUGACUGUACGAAUGGUAAUUCCACCCGCGGUGAAUGUAUAGAGAAAUUAAGAGAUUGCCUUCAAAAUUGCAGGAAGGUACGUUCACGUUUCUUUGCUGAGAUCAGUAUAGUGUGCACAAGGUUUUCCCAAUGCCUCCUAUGGGCAAGCCGUCGCAAAUAUAAUUUGCAUUACCAUUGGUUCUUGUGAUGCAAAUCUAUUUAUUACGAAAGUACAUAAAGUAUACAUAUAAGGCAAAGAGAAGCAGCAUUUACCUCAAAUACUCUGCCACGACACAGACAGCUUUAAAAGGCAAUGAAACCAUUUUCAGUAUCAAAUACAGCUAUUUGAAUGCGAAAAAUAUAGGCAAGUGGAAGAAAAAUGCAGUAUAAACUUUGUAAUAUGUCACUUCAGCUGGCGUUCUUUUUUUAAUUAUAUCCAUCCCAAGUGAAAGUUUUGUAUGCACGUCGGUUAACCUCAUCCGCUAGGUUUUAAUGUUUUUUUGUGCCAGUCUGAGCUGGUAGCCAUACAAUCAGCAUCACGUGUAGCUAGCAUGCAUUAUUGUUGGAAAAUUGUUAAGGGCAUGGGCAGUUAACCGAUAUUUUUUGAAAUCUUAUUUUUUGUUUAAAUUAUAUGUAAUUGUAUUGGUUGAAUAUUAAAAUGCUGAUGGUGAAUGAUUUAUUGAUAUAGAGUCGCUCCAAGAAUAGUACCUUGGCUGUUCAAACUUGUUGGGUAUGUUUUAAACGAUAAUAUUCAUUUGAAACUUUUUUUUAGUUGUCCUGCAAGAUGAGUCACAUUCGUAUUUUAAUUAAUUAGUUAUGUUGAUGUAGGUUUGAUCAAACGGGGCGACAUGUUACAGGGAUUACUUGGGGGACCCUUAGAAAGUUUACAGGGAAAACAAUUCCGGACGACUAUUUGCGAGGAGAGGUGGCGGGGGGGUACAUAAGUCGUCCCAAGAAGUGGCUUUACCUCACGGCAAGUGACCGAUGGAAGGAAAUGACGUUGUCUGAUUUGUUAAUUAAUGUAUGUGCGAAUAUCAUUUAUAUAAUAACUACAGUGAAACACGCAAUUUGAUUGGUCAACAGUCGUGCAGGAUCAGAUAAUCCUGCACGGGAAGUUCUGAACAGAAAUUCUUGCACAUAAUUUUACAAAUAUACUCGCAUUGUAAAGUUUCAUUGUACCAUACUUUUCGACUUUGAAGUAAGUUUGCAAUUAUUGAGUCGUUGGUUUCGUUGUAUGAAUAAAGUUCUGAUCGAUACAUUGGGUGUUCAGCAAGUAGCAACGCGUAGCGUUGAAAUUUAUCAGACCUGGCAAGUUCAACAUUCGCUUCAAAGUUCAAAAGCUUCGCAAUCUUCAAGUAUUCAGGUCGAGAAUCUUCAAAACUACUUUGGCUCUCUGUUUAGCGGGUUUUCCAUUUCAAAUUUCGUAUAUUUUAUCGAAAAAGUCUCUGUAUUUUCGCUGUAUAUUUUCGAGAAUUUCGAUCAAAUUCUGUUCACAUUUGUUGUUUUCAAUAGCGUGGAGUAGCGAUUCUCCGAUUGCUUAAUUCACGAUUGUUGUGAGAACUGCACAUUUCAUCAGUAAUUUUAAUCAAGUAAACAAUCGUUGCACUGUACGUAGUAAUUUUAUAAAACAAUUACCAAAUGGUUUUCCCGUGCAGGAUAGCAUAAUCCAUGCACUUGGGAUGUUGCUCGAUUUUCGGAAAGCGUAAAAAUACACUCGCCUACGGCUCGUGCAUUUUCACGCUUUCCGAAAGUCUCGCAACAUCCCGUGUGCAUGGAUCACGCAAUCCAGCACGGUAUUCCUUUAUUUCUGACUGGACAGUUUUAGUUUUUUCCACGAUCUUAUUUGUAAAAUCAAACCAAUUUCUCCCUACAAGGCUUUUGGAUAAUGCACACAAUGAAAUCUGUCCGCGCGGCCUGUCUCUCCAAGUCAUCCUUAAAUUAAGUGUCGGGACAUGUAUACUAACUAUAAUGUUCGUUUCAACAGAAAAACUGCACAGAGAAACUCUUUGAUUGUCUGAGAGAUGAGAGUACGAGAAGUGUUGAUUGCGUGAAGCAGAAAGAUACUUGUGGAAGGAAAUGCAAGGUUUGAUUUACACAUUUCUUGCUGACAAGUUUUUUUUUUCUUUAUCUUCAUCAUUUUGUAUCUCUAACAGCUAUAUACUCUAUAAAAAAUUCUGACACACAAACAACAAAAAUAUGUACCAGUCAUAUUAUUUUUAUUCACCACCUCAGAUAUCACUAUCUAAACUUGCCAACGUACUGUCCUGUAGUAUACUGUAAUAUUUCUUGAUAUCUAUUUGAGUUGUUAUUAUAUUAGUUGUACUUAACGAGCGUUCACUUAGACCAAGCUUUUGAGUUUGACUUAUCCUUACAAUAGAUUAGAGAUGAAGUCACUUCUGUUCUGCGCAUGUGCCAUGUGAGGGCCUUCUGAAGUAAAAAUACCCAAAUUUCGCGUUGUUUCGACAGCUUCUAAAUUGAAACUCUUACAUUUAUUUAAAAGCAUAGCAACCCUGAACGAUGUUAGAUAUAAAGCAUAAGAAUUAGAACGAUGUUAGGUAUUAAUUAAGUGGAUUAAAUUAUAUGAAUUUAGCGUCUUCAAAAUGUGAACAAAGUGCACACUGAAGGCUUGACCGUUCCUUUAAUUAAACAUUCCCAUAAAAAAAGUUGGCCAAGUAAAACCAAGAACUCGUGUAUGUAGGAGCUACAUAUACUGCGUCUGUCUAUGGCUUCUUGCAAAGAACAAUACAUCGUUUCUUCCUUUAAGAAAGACGUUUUCCUUUUGAGGAAAGACUGUUUCAUCACUCGCUGUUUUUAAUUAAACUUCAUUAUUGAUCAUCACUUCAUUAUUGAUCAUCUAGAACAACAGGGAGGACAAAGGUGAUUACGAUAGGGAUUAUGAUGAUGACAAAGAUGAUAGGGACGGUGGAUGGAGAGGUCGUAGUAGGGGAAGAAAACGUUGUCGGGGAAAGAGUGGAAAGGACAAUGAUAGUGAUUAUGAUGAAGAUGGAGGUGAUAAAGACGGUUACGGGAAAGGUGAUCGUCGCAGAAAACAUUAUAAAAAAAAAUGCCGCAAAAAUUGUUGGGUAAGUACUUUGUAUUUCUCAUAAUAAUACAAUUAUCAUACCUAACAAGAACCCAAUAAAAACGUUUUCCUUUAUUUUAAAGGAAAAGUGCUUUGCUGCUUUAAUUGACUGUACGAAUGGUAGCUCAAUCCGCGGUGAAUGCAUAGCGAAAUUAAAAGAUUGCCUUCAAGAUUGCAAGAAGGUAUGUUCAGGUUUCCGCAAUGAGAUAAGUAGUGUAGACAGGGUUACUACCUUAAUGUAUAUAACAGGCGGUGAAGUACGCGUCACAAAUUGCAAUAAUUUCAACUGACGAAAAUUGAUUACGAAAGUGACAACAUUUACCUCGAAUACUUUGACAUCGCACAGGUAGGUUUACAUUCAAGGAAACUAUUUUGAAUUUUAUUUUUUACCAUACCUGGUUAAAUUAAAGUUACCCGCAUUGGUCAAGCCUCGUCCAAUAAGUAUUUAAUGUCUGCCAUGCCAGUCUUAUUUCCUACACCAGUAUAGUCAAUAUUGCGUGUAAUUAUAAAAUUCCUUAUUGGGGGGAAAUAGUUACAGUAAUAGUUAUAAGUGGAAGGGAAAAAACCCACUGCAUUUUAUUGAAAUUUUGGUAAUCGUUCCAUGUUUCGCGCACCAAUAUAUUAAACGUUAUGUAAUGGAUACUAUAGUGUACUGCAAGGACAACUGGAUACUUCUAUAUACAUAUAUACACCCUAAUCCUAACCCUAAACCCAACCUCGUUCCCAGGCUCUUUGCUCUUGUGAAGCAAAGACCCUGGUCGGGGCUGGUCACGUGACCCCGCAGAUUCUGCGUGGUAAAUUGAAUUGAUCUCAGGGAGGGGUGGUAGAGGAGUCUGUUUGUUACGUUUGGAAAAUUGCAAUUUUAUGUGUUAUAGUUUCGGGUGAUAAAAAUGUAAUUUGCAACAAGAAAUCGUGAAAGGAACAGUUUUAAAUUCGUAUUCAUCAUGACACAACUUCCUGCUAUACUGAAUGUCAUCAAUAAUAAGUGUUGCGGUACAUUUCAAGCAAGAAGCUGGAUCAUAUUUCACUUCCAAGGACUCCACACGCGCCUGGCUUGCGAAGUUGAGCACGCAUCGCCGUAGAAACAUAUAUGUCCUCCCAAUUCUAUACCGACUGAUCGAUCAAACGAUACUAAAUGAACGAUAUGGUUGUUUAUUGUUGAAGUGUAUCCUAUCCGAUAUUCAACAAAGCCAAAGGAUUUAUUUUAUAAUGGAAGAUUUCCCAAACAUCGCUAACUGUGUGUAAACAAUAGUGCUAUCUUGACUGUGAAAGCACAGGAUUAAAACCCGUUAUGGACUGUAAAAUUCCUUUCAUUUACAUUGCUGAAACUCAACGAUCAAGAAUGAUUAUGUCGAAGACUCGAAGUAUAGCUAUCUGUCAUCAGACGAACACCGAGACUCCACUGUGCGUUUCCGUGCGUGCGGUACAUAUAACUUGAAUAUUUAGGACGAUAUAUGCACCAGAUUGCACCAGACACUGGUAUUGUACUUCAUAGUAAAUUAUUUCAUAUUUUGUGUAUUACAGUAAUUUACAGCAGGCACAUUAUAAACCUUAUAAAGACCUUUCAUUCCCAUUGCCCAUUCAGUGCUUUAUAUUUGAAGAAUAACCCGACAGCUUCUUUCGACUUGUAUAAUGCUGCUGUGAGUCAUCAAUAUUUAAAUCAACUUUAAAUAAUCUUUAUCGUAUACUGUAUAAAUGACAUUUUAGCAGUUUCACCAAACCAUACUAGAGGCAAACAACCUAUCUAUCAAUGGAAACUUUAAAAGGCUUAUUAAAGCUCAUUAAUUAAGUAAUUCUAUGAGCUGGACUUCGUGCGCAUAUAUACAGUUUAUGAAUUAUGUAUAUAUACCCUGAUAAAACAUAGGGACACUUUAUACCAGAUAUAAUAAAAAAUACUUUGCUAAACCUUUUCGGCUAUCAUUCCUUUGCAUUCAAGGGGCGAGGGUGAAUGGCUAUAUAAUUCAUAUCGGAGAUUCUGUGCAAUCUGAUUUAGUGAUUUUGGCUUCAACAAACAGGUACUCGUGCAGACAAAAAAGGAAAUGCAUACAGUUGUGAAUUGUCGUAUAAUUCUUUACUGUUGAUCCCAAACAAUUUUGUACAUGUACGUUAACACUCCUUCCUACUUUGUGUUGAAUAUAAACGAUGAGAACCUUUUUAAAAAAAUCUAGCACUAUGUCUAUAAACCGUUUUAGAAUCAAUAGAAUGGAUAUUCAAUGUCUAUUUGGCUAGUGUCCAAAUAUGUAAUGUUUGCUGACAGUAGGGCCAACAAGGCGCUACGCCUACGACCUACACAGUCGCUUUUGAGACCUCUAUUUAACAAAAUUUAUACCGUUUCCAUAUGACAACAAUUCAGUGGCACAUUAUAAGAAUAUUAUACGUAUCUGAGCCAGAUACAGAAACGUACGCGUGAAAUGAAACUGCGCCCUAACCCCGCGAGACAAUAAAAGGGCAAAUAUUUCCAAGCAUAUACGAUCAUACGUUUUCGUUGCUUGAUUUUCUGACUUGUUUGUUGCUAUAAGAAUCUACAGUUUAGCAUGUUUGUAUAAUUUAAAAGCAAACAGAAACCAAUUUAGAAAGUAUUUUGAAGUAUAUAUGAUUCUCAAAGAUGAUUGUAUAGAACGGUCACUCCUUGCAAUCGAAGUGUGAGGUGCAGAAGUGGAAACAUGUAAUUUGAUACUUCUCCAUCCCCCUCUUAGGUUAUCAAUUUUCUAUGGGUCACGUGACCAGCCUCGACCAGGGUCUUUGCUUCACAAGAGCAAAGAGCCUGGGAACGAGGUUGCCCUAAACCUAGCUAUAACAAUAACCUAACCCUAACCUAUGUUGGUGGGCGAAACAUGGAACGAUAACCGAAAUUUUUAAAUUUUCCUAAUGUGUUUAAAUUAUACAAGUGAUGAUACUCAUGAAUAUAAAAACGGUGAUUAGGAAUAUGUUGUUUAUAUAGAAUCGUUCCAGGAAUAGUACCUUAGCUGCUCAGGAAUGUUGGGUAUGUUUAAAACAAUAAUAUUAUUUUCCAUCUUCUUUUGCUGUCCUAUGAGACGAGUUGUAUUUUUCGUCUUUAGAUUAGCGCGAAAUGAAGGUUUGAUAACACGGGGCGACAUGUUUCAGGGUUAGGUUGCGGGAUCCCUCUAAACUUCAAACGGAAUACAAUUUUAGACGACUGUUCGUGGCCGGGAUAUAGUGGCCGCACCAAUCGAUAUCACCUCGCUAUAGUCACCGUGCAAGGAAAUAACUUUGUCUGAUUUGUAAAUUUAUGUGGAAAUAUCGUUUCCUGAUUGGACAGUUUUAGUUUUCCUCCAUGCAUACAGUUGAGUGAAAUGAAAUCAAUUCUUCUCUACAAGAUUUUUGGAUGAUCCACAAGAUAAAAUCUCUCCUCGCGACCUGUCUGUCCAUGUCAUCCUUUAGUGUGCUGUGUGACCGAACAGUGAGAAGUCGAAAUUUGAGAUGUGGAAAUUUAAAUUAAUCAAAUGAAUAUUCGAAAAAACUGAAAGUUGUAUUUACGUUCCUUAUAUUAUUUUAAACUAUUUGCGCCAUGCGUGACGACCAAACAAUGUUUAGCAAACAAUGUCUUCGCUGCAGAUCAGUUCAAAACUCUAAAAUUUGAGAUAUAGAAUAAAAAGCUGAAUUCGUUGAAUUAUUGAAAGUUAUAUUCACAAAUUAAACCUUAUAUUAUUUCAAACCAUUUGACUUGUUGCAGAAGUUUAUUUUCACAUUUUUCAGAAUAUAAAAAAUUUUAAAAAUGUUGCGCAAUGUGUUCUAACUAUGUUCUUUUUUACAGAAAAACUGCACAGAGAAACUGUUUGAUUGUCUGGGGAAUGAGAAUACACAAAGCGUUGUGUGCGUGAAGCAGAAAAAAUGUUGUGGAAGGAAAUGCAAGGUCUGACUUGUACUUGUUUUGUUGAGGAUUUGUUUUAUCUUAAUGGUUUUUGGUCAUAUCCGUGACAUCUAUAUACAGUACAACACUUCCCGCUCACAAACAACAAAAAGAAAUACGUACCAGUGAUACAUAUCAUUUUUAAUUAUUUGUGUUUCAUUUCUAUUAAUUAUAAUUACCGACGACCGUUAACUUGGACCAAGCGUUCGAGAUGAACUCAUCUUUACAUAUCAUUAAACAUCGUAUCAAAAAAUAUUUACAGAACAAAACUUGUAUGCAGGAUCUCGUUGCAUUUUUUAAGUGCAAGUUUAAUUUUUUAAGUGUACGUUCCAUGCACUCCAUCCGCCUAUGACUUUUUGCCAAGAACAAUAGGAAUGUUUAAGAAAGGAUUUAUCCAUUAAGCUUCAUUAUUAUUUACCAACUAGAACGGCCGGGAUGGCGAAGAUGAUUACGAUAAGGAUGAUGAUGAUAGAGUCGGUGGAAGAAAAGAUCGUUGUAGAGGGACAAAACGUUGUCGGGGAAAGAGUGGUAAGGACGAUAAUAAAAAUAGAAUCGACAAGGAUGAUGGCGAUAAAGGUGGAAAAGAUAGAGGCGGUGAUCGUGGAAGAAAACAUCAGGGAAGAAAAGACGGGAAGAAUUGUUGGGUAAGUAUUUUGCACUCGUCAUAAUGACACAAUGUUCAUAUGCCUAGCUGACGAGCAUCAAAAACCUUUCCUCGAUUUUAAAGGAAAAGUGCUAUGCUGACUUAACUGAUUGUAUGAAUGGUGGUGAUUCUACCCGCGGUGAAUGCAUACGGAAAUUAAAAGCUUGUCUUCAAGAUUGCAAGAAGGUAAGUUCAGCUUACUUAAUGAGAUCGGUAGUACACACAUGGUUUUCUUAAUAUAUAUAAUAGAUGCAUGGUGAAAUACGUGUCACAUAUUUAUAUUGCCCAUUUUCAAUUAUUGGAUGGGAGGCCUUAUGAUGACCCCCUGGACCAUCGGUAGUAAAAAACGGAUCCAAAAUGAUUUAUUUUCCAUGUCUUUUAAAUUAAUGCCAGUGUAUUCGAGGCAAAUAUUGUUCGUCUUUAUCUCAGAAUUUUGUUACUUUCGUAAUCAAGAGACUUACAUCACAAAAGCUAUAUUUAUACAGUUCUAAAAUUGCGUUUGUGAAAAAUAGUUAUAAUUUAAGAACCUAUACAGAUAUAGUAAGGCAAAACCAAAUUUCACUCUUAAAACGCAGGAAAUGGCCAAUUAAUAAUUUUCCGGAGGUGUUUGCCCCAGAAUUCUCCUAGUUAUUCAGGUAUCCAACACGCCAUGACACCGUGUUUCGAUCACCACCUCGCAGUCUGUUCUUGUGAAAAUGGGUAAUUCUAAACUUUUCUUGACCCCUGCCAAGGUCAAGGUCAUCGGUGUCACAAAAAAUGUUUUUGACAUUUGAGUAGAGGACAAAAAGUUAGAUAAUAGGUUCUUUAACAUUUUUCGGUUUUCUCUUUUCAUUCGCGAGAUAUGCGGCUCUAAACCUUGAAAAAUUGGCUUUUAGCGAAAAAUUGUCGCGCCCGAGAAAAAAACGGAAAAUGGUCUUGGGCGACAGCCGUGUGACGUACCUUAAGGGACGGAAGUUCGAAUUCACAUGUGAAGGAGUACUAAAAAGCUAUUGGUGAAGAUAUAUGUUUUCCAACACUCGUGGUUCUCAAUGUGACUCAGAAUACCAUUAUAUUCCUGGGUAUAUUAUAUAGAGGAUGAAUCAAAUUAUACUAGUCACGAAAUUGGAACUCCAGAAGCAGUUGAUAGCGAAAUUUUAGGCGCUUAUGAUGCAUGCCUUUAUGCCGGUGAACCGCUAGCGAGCCAAGAAUGCGACGCGCGAUAUCUAAAAAAUAUGCGGAACACAAGGAACAAAACGAGAUGCUACAGCGAAGAUAGACGGUCUUGAAUAUAUUAAAUUAUGGUGAGUGUAAACAUAGAUUUAUUUUAACAUUUUAACGUAAAAUAAGUAUCUCUGGCUGAUAUAUUUUGCGUGAUAGGGGCUCAUACGGAAUCAGUCACAUCAAAGAGAUAAAACCACACUUCCAUCACCUUCGCAAGAAAAUACAAGACACACGAUCAAAUAGAGCCCAUUUUUCCAAACAAAUAGGUCUGAAUCCCGAGUGUGUAGAGUGAUACAGCACGGCAGCUGUGGCACAUCUUCUAAAACCAAGUUAUUCUUCAGAACUUCCCUACAAGAUUCCAUCUCCUGACAGCACCAAGCUUCGUGUGUAUAUUGUAUACGUAUUAUCACACAAUCACCGCAUUUACACUUGUGAAAUAUGAUACAGGUGAGGGAAGUGUGGUUUGAGCGGUUUGAUGUGACUGAUGCCGUAUCAAAAAUAUAUUAGCCAGAGAUACUCAUUUUACGUUAAAAUGUUAAAUAAAGCUAUGUUUACGCUCACCAUGAUUUAAUAUCUUCAAGGCCGUCUAAUCUUCGUUGUAGCAUCUCGUUUUAGAUAUCGCGCGUAGCAUUCUUGGCUCGCUCGCGAUUCAUCAGCAUAUAGGCAAUAUGCAUCAUAAUCGCCUAAAAUUUCGCUAUCAACUGCUUCUAGAGUUCCAAUUUCGUGACUGGUAUAAAGAAAUGUAUAAUGCCCGUCGUGAUUAAGUUCCUUGAGCUACGUCGCACCAGGCUCGUCCCAGACUCUUUUUGAUACGCGACAUUUUUACGAAAAUCGCUGUUUAGAGCCUCAUAUCUCGUGAAUGAAAAGAGAAAACCGAAAAAUUUUAAAGAACCUAUUAACUAACUUUUUGUCCUCUACUCAAAAAUAAUUAAAAAAAUUUUGUGACAUAAGCACUUUAAAAUCUGCAUGUCAGUCUAAUAUCCUACCGUUAUUAUAUAAUUAACAUUUCAUGUGCAUUUCCUUAUUGAGGGAAAUUAUGAAGUGGAAAGGCGGAAGACCGUUGAAUUUUAUUCAAAUUUCAAAGUUUCCUAUUGUGUAUAAAUUAUACGACUAAAGAUAUUUCUUGAUUGUGAUUUUUUUAUCGAUACAAAAAUGGUUAUUUUGAAUAUUUUAUUGUAUAGAGUCCUUCCAAGAAUAUCACGUUGACUGUUCGGGAUUGUUUGGUAUGUUUAAAACGAAAGUAUUAAUUUGAAUUUUUUUUAGCUGUCCUGAGACAUUAACCAGUUAGACGAAGGUUUGAUUUAACGGAAAACAAUUCCAGACGACUAUAUGGGGCGGGUUUGUUAAUUUAUGUCGGAAUAUCAUUCUCUGAUUGGUAGUUUUUAAUUUUCCUCUACGAUCAAUUGAAGGUUUGGAAUCAAACCAAUUCCUCACCUAUAUACAGUAUGGUCUUUGGAUAAUCCAUGCAAUUGAAUUUGUUCGUUCAACAAACCCUCGCCCUACCCCACCCCCUUCACCCCAUCCCCUCUCCCUCGAGUUAUCGUUUAGUGUGCUGUGUGAGCGAAAAUGGGAAAUGAUGCUGCGCCAGAUCAUUAGAAAAGUUUAAAAUUUGACAUAUGGAAUAAAAAAUAAUCUAGAACGGUCUAUAUGCCAGUGUAGGUAACACAAAAAAUUAAACGAGUUUUCAUACUAGCGAAUAUAAAAAACGUUCACGUGACAAAAAUAAACCAAUCAGAUGGAUUUGGUUGAAACAAAAAAUUUACGACUUUAGAGUUCAUCUAUUAUGCUCAGUGCAUGCUGGGUAGAUGAAAGUUACACCGUUCUGUUCAGGGGCACAAUAUCACCUAAUUUCUAUGCAUAGUUUUAGUCAAAUGUCAACAUUAUAGCGAUUUAUGCCAUUUGAAAUUUAUAUUAUCAAAUUGUGCAAUAUCACUCCAUAAAUAUACCAUAACUAUAGCCAUACCUUUCGCCUAACAUUGCUUUCGCCCCUUGCGACAUCAUCGUCUAUGUAAUAGCCUUGUUGGAGUCAUUGGCCUGACAUACACUAUUUAGAAUGUAAUUUGCAAGCUUGUAUGUAUGCUUUCUUACGGUAUUUCAAUUUCUGGUCCGAAUCUGUACCGAAAAUACAAUUUCAUCUUUCAAAACAAUGCGAUGUUUGUCUGGAAAUGCCGAAAACUGUGUAUCCGGCUAUCUAAACAUAACUUAUUUUUUAAAUUUCCGGUGCUCCUUAUUGGUCAAGCAUACAGCGUGAAAUGCGCGUGGGAAUGAUAUCCAUUUUUUUUUCGGUCCGUAAUCCCAGGUUCGUAACGUAAAUGGAGCUUUCUGAUUGGUUGACGAGAGGUCCGUAUCACACGAUACGGGCCUCUCGCACACGUUACGGACCUCUCAUGUUUCGCGGCAAAACAAACCGAAGAGUGAAGACCAUUUUGAAACUCAAAAAGACAAUCCAAAAAGCUGAUAAGCCCUCCCUAUCGAUACUGUAGAAAAUUAAGCAGAAUAGAUUUCAAUGAAUUUAGUGUCAAGCCCGAAAUGUACUUUUUUCCGACCUAAAUGCGAAAAGACAAGUAUUUCUUUAAAGAUGAUGUAAAGUCCGUAAUGUAAACAAACGCUUUGUUUACAUUUUGAACUCAGUGUAAAAUAUGAUUAGAUAUAUAUUAUACUGAAUUUUUAACACUUUUCUGGUUCGUUAUGCUUGUAAAUGAAUCAGACUAGAGAUUCAAUUCAAGAAAUUUCGGAAGGUGCGAAAUAUUAACAACAUUCCAAAGGUUGCUCCGCCACUGAUGGAAUGUUUUGAUCCGCAGAAUAUAUGCGCAGAACGGACUUUACUGCAUCUUUACGUAUAAGUAUCGAAAAAUCAGUGCCAAAUGUUUAGUGUCAAAAGCUCAGCAUACAUUCAGCUAUAUAUCGAAAAAUAUACGUUAAAAUAUAAAUACUGAAAACCAGGACUUACCCUCAUACACAAAAGUUUUUAAAAAUACCUUAAACGGCAGUUUAAACAUGAUUGUUAGAUUCAUUUCAGUCAUAUAAUUACUUUUUUUAAAUACUGUCAUUGUUUUCGGCAUGUACAAUUUGUUUCUGCCUGUCGAAAGAACAUUUAAGGUUUUUUUAUCGUGUCCAAAAGUACUUAAAAAUAAACAAACACAAUUGAUCGCAAAUCUAGUUCGCUACACUGGAGAAUUUUUAGGUAUUUCAUUAAGCAUCGUGCAAGAUUAUAAAUAAAGUCGGCCCAUAUUCGAAAAAUAUUUUCCUUCUGUCUCAGAAGCGUCCCUCGACUUUCGGUCUCGGGAAAAUAUUUUUCAGUAAGGACCUCCUAACCGGCCGUAAAUAACAUAAAUAUAUAUUGAAAAAUUCAAAAUAAGUAUUUCUACCAAUCUCGAUUCCUGAGCCUGCAAUCCUCCGCGUCUAACUUCCGAACGAAGAACCUGCGUUCAAAAAAAUAAUUAUUCUUAAGUAUUCGAAAAUAACUGAAAGUGAUAUUCAUAUACCUUAUAAUUAUUGUGCCAAACCAAUUGACGUAUUACGAAUAUCUUAUUUCCCGAAAGUAUAUAUAGCUUUUAGAAAUGUUCCGCCUGCCGUGGUGUGCUAACCUAAAUGUUUGUUUUAACAGAAAAAUUGUACAGAGAAGCUGUUUCAAUGCUUGAAGAAUACGAGAAGCGUUGCGUGCUUGAAGCUGAAGGAAGCUUGUCGAGCGAAAUGCAAGGUCUGACGUAAUUCUUUUUUAUGACAAACUUUGUCGUUAACUGGAUAAUACACGCUAUAAUUGUGGAUGAUAAUUGGCCCCAUGCAAAAAAUUAAAUUCAUUUUGCAAAUCAAAUCAUUUUUCAUUGACCACCUGAGAUGUUAGCCUACUAAGCAUGUCAACCUAACGUACUGAAAGAAUAUUAUUACUGAAAAAUCGAUAUAAAUAUAAAAAAAAUAAUGCAAAAGUAUUCCAGAGUUACCGUUUUCAAGGAUUAGGACAGUAAAGUGUAUGUUGAUAUUCAUAUGUGGGUAAAUUCGUAAUGCUGUCAUGCAAAUAUGAUAUCGCUUGGAGAAUUAUACUCUGCUAUCCGUGACUUGAAGGAAUCCACUGCGAGGAGGUUCGACAUGUUCCUUGGUUUAGGCAUGCCCAAAUUUUUCCCACUGCUGGUAAAAUGCGAGUCAUGCACCAAAACAUCACAUUAUAGAUAUAUACAGUAAUUAACAAUUGGAUUAUGUCCUCGAUAUUUCUACGAGUUGAUAGUUGAUGAGGACGAAUCCCGAAUCAACUAUCACCUUAUAGAAAUCGAAAGCGAGUAGUUUAGUUGUUUUAGUAGAAUCAGAUCUAGAGAUCAAACAUAAAUCAUUCCACAUAUAUUUCAAUAAUUUGAUAAUAGACCAUUUUUUUAAAUGCGCCAGGGAAAUUAUUGUUUUGCUAUACUCGCUAUCUACAUGGAAUAGAUAGCGAGUAGAGUAUCCAAUCACAAUACACCAUUUCCAACCGUUUAGCAUAUACUUGGGAGGUGGAUAAUGCUUUUGACGCAAUUUGAUUUGUCGCUCAGCUCCGGAUAUUCUUGCACUAUGGCUUCCCGUUUCUUUCCGGUUACAGACGAGCAAUUGUUUGUAUUGAACGAAGCUUAUGUUUCGCGAAACACAAGAAAUCCAAAAACUUCUGUUUAAUUUAUCAGUGUGUAGCUGUGCUCAUUGAAGCUAAUUCUAAUAAAUAGAAUUAAUAACUAAUUGCUUUGUGGGAGCUGUAAUCAACAAUUUAAAAAAAAUAUAUUGUCGUUGUAGUUUGGUCGUUUUUGUUUUGUUAUGGUAAUACUAUAUUAUGCUGAAACAAUAUAAUAAAUAUGUGAUAAAUUAGUCAUGAAGAUGUUUUAAAAACCACUCGCAAUUGAAGCACAACUAGACAUUCCACAUUAUAGAAAAAUUCGACAAUUUGAAGAAAUAUAUAUUUUGUCAAAGCUAUAUAAUUCGAGGGACGCCAGUGUAAUUAAUGAAGCUUUGCAUGCAGGCUGGAAUUUACUGCCCCAAAAAUUUUAAAUAGUGAUAAAAAUAAUAGAAAAUCGUUUGUUUGUUCGCAGCGGUUUCUCCUCAGCUGAGAAUUCACUGUUUGUUGGACAGGAGAUAAUUAAAUAUCAACAAUAGUUGCGAUGUUGGUAAAUUUUGCCAAAUUGCACUUGUCUAAUUGGCUCGGCAUGCAAUGUUGGCGAACCUUUCAAAUAUCCAUCGUUACUGUUAACCAUCAGUUGGACCCACCAUCAAACGGUUCUUUAGAAACAAGACCACGAUAGAGGGAAAAUUACCAACAAUAUCAUUUAUUAAUUGCACUAUUUAAUUCAAAUAAACUUACGCCCAUAUGUUCUCAGUGUCAAAUAAUUGUCCCCAAUUAACAACUCAAUUUAAAUCCUGUAUAAUAUAUUCAUAUCACAUAAUUUCUAUUUUAGAAAUCCGUAACUCCCGUCGUAAAGCCGCCUGAUCAACGGAAAAGGAAAGGAAAAGUACGGUCCAUCAUACAAAAUUCAGAAAAACGUUUGCAAUGUCGCUAAACAUAAUUUCCUGUUUAAAAAUAUUCUCGUUUACAAAAGUAAUGCCAAAAACUAAUAUGAAAUGUCUCAUUCUUUAUUUAACUUAUUCAGGAAGACAAGCGUAAAGGGCGCCAUCCUAUUUCUCCCCAAAGAAACAAAUUCAUAACAUGCGUGGUAAGGUUUUCUAAUACAUUCAACUUCAAUAUUAGAAUUAUCAAAAAUCAGUGUAAGUUUAAAUUAGUAAGUUUUCUGUAACUAAUUACUUGUUCCACACAAGUAAUUUUGUAACGUAAUUAAUAAUAUAUAUAAGAAUAUUAUAUACUCGACUGUGAUUGGUUGAUUUCAAUGCAUGCAAUUACUCCCAAACAACAGUUCAAUUUCCUGUGAUUACAAUGCAAUUUCUGUAAUCACAGUGCAAAAAUCUGUAACAAACUGAUCUGAUUGGUGGAAAAACAAUGUGAUGAUAAAAUCGACCAUUCAGUUUAAAGCAGUUUAGUUUAAAGAAGCAAUUUCACAGAUUGCUUCAAAACAAAACAAACACGGCGCGACGGCGCCGCGCUACAUAAAGUAAAAUUUGACUUCGGUUGGAAAUAUGGUUUUAUCGGGGUUUUUUAAAUGGAAAAGCCUUCAUCUUAGACAAGACAAACAAAACUUACAUAUAAAUUGAGUGGAAUUUUCAAGCUGUUAGCGUUGUAUAAUUUGAUAUAACAAAGCCAGGAAAACUUUGCCAGUGGAAUGUUCGCUAUAAACGUAACUGUUAAAACUACAAUUGUCUCGAACAUUUUUAUGUAAAUUAAGAAUAAGUAAUAACAUGGUUUCUCGUGAAAUUUGGAUAAACAUGCGCUCGUGAGUUUUUCAAAGACCUCAAAUAGCACUCGUCCUUCCGACUGGUGCUACUUUGAGGUUUUUGGAAAACUCACUCGUGCAUGUUAAGGCCCUGUCACACUAUUGCUUAUGAGAGAAACAUAUGAGAAGCGUAUGAAAAUUAAUGAAAUAAUUUUCAUACGCACAAAAAUUCUUUGAAAUGCCUGCGUACGAGUACCGUACAUCUGGCGUACCUCUAGCAUAUUCAACGUGUGCCUAGAGUAUGCUUAUCGUAUAAAGCAUACGUCCGAUACGCACAAAAUUUUUGAACAUGCUUAAAAAAAUUUUCCGCCUCGCCGUAUGCCAUCGUAUGCGACCGUGCUUGAAACGUAUACAACCUAUGCCUAACGUACCCCUAGCGUAUGUCAGCGUAUACCAGCGUAUGAGUGAUGUUUUUCAUACGCUGGCAUACGCUAGUACGAUACGCUAUAGUGUGACAGGGCCUUUAUAUUCAAAUUGCACUCGAAACCAUGCAUGCUAUUACUUAUACUAAUCACUUUUUAAGUAACAUUUUGAAGAAAGUAAUUGCGUUACUUCUGAGUGUGUACCUUUUUUCAAUAUUAUACCAUUUCCAGAAAUUUCAGAAUAUGGAAAUAUCAAUAAAGUUUAAUUUCUGGCGAGGGUUAACUGGUUAUGCGACGGCACAGAAAUUGCGCUACGCAUAAAUUCAAUAUAAUUGAAUUAUACGGCAUUUUUUCUGUGUUGCUAAGGUGGAUUUUAACAUUUUUUAGCAGUUCAAUCUCAUUAGUCUCUCUGUUCAAAGCACUCUGACAAUUAAAAAGUAAUAUUUUUAAGGCUAAGUUGUUAUACCUCCAGAAAAUGGAGAUCUGGAGGUUUUUUUAUGCUGAUGAAUACAAUAUCUGAUUACAAGAUGUCCUUCGUUUUUGACACUAAAAUACUGCAAGUUUUGCUGGGUAAUACAUCCUAGUAUAGUAGAAAUUAGAAGUAAUGAGAUAUAUGUGACAACUAGUCCUCAAGAGACAACAUUUAAAACCAAGAGGGCUAUCUAGUGGAAAGCGAAUAUACUUAACAAGUCACUAGACAAUAUAGGCAAAUGCAUUUAUCCCCUUGUCAUACAAGCCUCUUUUUCACGCAACCAAAACAGCCAUUUCGAGUAUUACCGUAAUUAAUUGUGUUAAUUUAAUUUGUGUUAAUAAGCUGUUUUGGACCAUUUCAGAAAGAAUGUUCAGCAUUGGCUAGAACGUGCUACAGAACCAACAGAAGAGGAGCAUCGAUAUCACAAUGUCGAAUAAAUUGGAUAAAAUGCACGGGAAAAUGCAAGGUUAGUAUCAUUUUGUUGCCAAACUACAUGGGCUUUAAAAAUGUCCCAUCUCACAAGCGUUAAUUAAGGCUGCAGACCUUAAAUUUAUGGUCAAAGGGCACUUCCUGCACGUUAUUUUUCUUGUUUUUCAAAUGUGUUUGGCUUCGCCAACUAUUCGGAGGACUUCGAGCCUACAAUGGGCAAGCUAAGAGAAUAUCCUCACGAGGUCAUUAUAAAUUCAGAGAACAGCUCAGCAAAAAAUACAUAGGAAUGGGAAAUAAAACGUGGAAUUGGCAAUACAUUAUUUCGAUACUUUCAUUUGUACAAAUGGACUAGUAUUCGUAAAUCGUAUACGAACAGAACUGUUGAAGAAAACAGAACUUGAAACCUCGCCUUAACUUUCCUUUCAGGAUUUACAAUAUUCUGAACGAGCUGGAUCCAGGAAUAUUAUACACUUAAUGUCUGCACCCGAGGGAAAUAGUUUUGUUUUCCCAAGAAUCUCAAUGUUUCCCGAGACGAAGUCGAGAGAAACAUUGAGAUUCGAGGGAAAGCAAAACUAACUAUUUCCCGAGGGAAAAGACGUUAAGUGUUUUGUUAUAUAGUGACGAAACAAAUAUCAACAUUGAACAACAUUCAUACAACAAUAUUUGUAUUUCAUGACAAAAACUCUAUAGCGUAAACGAGUUUAAAAUUUUAAAAACCUACUUAAUUAAUUAAAUGGUUUCAGCAGCAUAUCCUGUUGCCUGUUAUGUAUUUUUCUUCUCUUUUACAUUCUUUAUUUUAACAUAAAGCCACGAAAACAGUAGUUUAAAUAGUAUAAAUUUGUGCCGCCAUUUUGUUUAUUUAUGUACGUAGCCGGUCGGGGCGGGCAACAAUUUUUCACUUAUUGCCCGGGUGGGAUACAUUGCAUUUAUCUAAAGCCACGUGACUACAAAUCAGCCAAUCACGUUUGGUGUUCACACUAGCUAUAUAACAAAUAUACUUAUAUGUACAAACACGGCCACAAUUCAUUCGUUUACCAUGUGAUCUUUUAUUGAUCGUCUAGCAAAUACCAUACCUUCUAUGAGCACUUGCACACCAUAAAUAUUUGGUCACGUUGGCAAUUUUUUUGCACGAUUUCAUUCUCCAGUUUUGGGGCAAAACGCACUCCAAAUGUGUUUCAUAUAUAUUUGAUAUCUAAACGAACACCUCGAUUUGUAGUUUUUAAAACUCAUUUUUAAUUUCAUGAGGAAAACUCAAAGAAAAAUUAAUAGGUGUUUCGUAUCUUAAAAUGUGAUAGAGAUUUCCCUUGAUUUACAACUUUAACUAUGAUUUUUUCGACUUACACAACGUAAUAUUUUUGAAAAUUACUUCGCCAAUGAACUUAUACUAAAGAUAAAGAUACUCGUUUCUUUACGAUAGAACACUGCUGCUUAUGUUUUAAAUAUAUAGUACAUUAAAGCUGCAAACAUUUGUGGAAUACGAGAAACACGUACAGUCAUUCCUACCAGCAGUUAAACCAUAGACAUUUUACUUUAGCUGGUCAUAUAUUCUUCUGCUUGUCGUGAUCUCCUGCUGGUUGCUUAAAAUUAGAGUUUUUAAACUACUAGGUGCCAUACAGUAUAUGCAUGUAUUCAUCAAUACCGUAUUUUUGAACAUUGUUAAAAAAAGACACAAGGUUUCUCUUGGCCAUGCACGAAAUGGCUAGGUUUUCUCCACGUCUCGCUCGGGUUUAUAUAAUCGCGUAUAUACAGUAUGUGUAAAUAGGCGAGAAGUUGCGCUGUUCAAAGUGUUUGAUAUACUAAAACUGUCUGUACCAGUGUAGGUAGUACCAAUGUAGAAAUGCUGUGCUGAGUGGUUAUAUUACUACCUUAAAAAAUAAGCAGAAACUCGACGUUUCGAGCGAAGGCCCUUCGUCAAGAGUUAGUAGCCAAAUACUAACUAAUACCGCCACUAACUCUUGACGAAGGGCCUUCGCUCGAAAAGUCGAGUUUCUGCUUUUUUUUAAGGUAGUAAUAUAACAACUCAGCAUAGCAUUUCAAAGUGUUUGACACUGCGUGACCGCAAAAGUUGGCGAUGGUUUGUGGAAAACACCACAUUUAACAAUUAUUCGCAGAAGGCGAUGUGAUUAUCGGGGAAUAUUCGCUGAGACGAAGUCGAGGUGAAUAUUCCCCGAUAAUCACCGAGCCUGAGGCGAAUAAUUGUUUUAGUAUUUUUACGCAAAUCUUUUGUGUUUUUGGCCCAAUUUGGGACUGAAUUUAUUUUAAUUUCGCUUAUUUUUUCAUAAGUAACUUCCACAAAACGGCUAGCCGCCAUUUUAAAAAUUUCUUUUUUUGUUAUAUUCACCUGUAGGUGAAUAUAAGAGCUUAAUACGUCAAAUUUUUGACCAAUCAACGUGUUGCAUUUGUUAUGUUUACAAUGUGCAAAAAAAACUAUAAUUGCCUAUACUCUAAAACGCUUUCGAUUUGUAAGCCCGCAGAUUUUCGAGAUACCUAAGCAGCUAGUUCUUAUUUUGUUAAUAUAAUCCUGGUAUGUUGAUACAUAAUUUCCUUUUUAGGGCGCUUACAAACGUACACGGAUCUCUCACAAGCGUACACGGACCUCUCACAAACGGGGUCCAAGUUAAAAAUCGGACUAAUGAUUAAACGGACGAAACGGUGAGUAUUUAAAUUCUCGAAAUAGAAAUAAUAUAAUACGUAUUCAGGAUACUCUCCACCGACAUCCCCCCCCCACCCCUUCCCGUCUCUCUAUCGACUUAAAUUUUGGAAUGUGUAUAUAACGGGAAAUAAUUAAUUGUAUUGGUCGGAAAAUUAAGUCAAGUAAUUUAUUUUUUUUAUUUUUGCGACUGACAAUACUGACAUGGGUCAUGCAGCAGAAUUUGUUGAUUAUUAAUUAAACUGAUAUUUUGAUAUUUUGUUUAUUAAUUUCGUUCAAAAAUUUCUACUAAACAAUUUUCCGCUAAGACUCAGAUUAUUGGUCAAUGUUCUCCUCGACUUCGCCUCUUUGAAUAUUUACCGAUAACCAUUUCGCUUUCGGUGAUUGGUUAUAAUAAAUAAAUUGCGCAGGUAUAUAGAUGUUAAAGUACUAUUUAAAAAACGAGCAGGAGAGUUUUAUUAGGUUUAAAACCACGAGCGCGCAGCUCGAGUGGCAUUAGACCUAAUAAAACACGACCUGCGUGUUUUUUAAAUGGCUUCAAAAACGUUUGCCUAAUAAGUCAUAUCUUUAUAUAAAAAUCUUUAUGUAGUUUGCACAACAAUGGUCUUUUGUUAAAGUGUUUUUUAGCUGGUAUAAAGACGUAUGCACGUGACUAAUUUCUUACUCAAGAUUCGAUAAUUGCUUCAUGAAUUAUUAAUGAGUUUUUGAAGGUUAAUUCGCUAUGAUGUUGCUGCAUGCGAAGGAAGAUGAGCAUUGGAUCACUUUAGAUCACUUUAAAUGUUAUUUAUCGCAAUUUCGUACCGUAUAUUAAUAUUUUCUGCCAUUAGAUCGCAAUUUUAUCAAGCCUUUUUGCCGCAUAUAUGGCAUUGUAUAUAGGCUAAAAUUUAAAGCUUUGAAUAUGGUCGUUUGAAAUGGCAUUGAUAGAAAAUUUUAAAAAGUCAUUUAUAAUUCAUGAAGAAAAGACAAAUGAAAUCACUGCCGUGUCGGUGGUUUCAUAUGUGAUAAAAAAAUCAUGUUCGUUUACAUAAAAGACAUUUGAAGUUUAUUUUAAAAAUUACCUUGCUAAUGUGCUCAUCAGAUCCGUCGUAUUUCAAGCCAUUUAAAACACUCACAGUUCAUGCGUUAUCAGAUAUAAAACACUCAAUCUAGAUCUGUGCUCUCGUGUUUUAUAUCUGAUAAAGCAUUCCUGCUUGCGUGUUUUAAAUAGUGCACUAUGAUAUACUACGCAUGUCGAUGGCGUUAAAUUUCACCAAAAAUAAUGGAAAAUCAUAUAUUUUUGACGGUUUCGAUAACUUUCAUUUGUAUGUAUUGCAAACGUGGCAUAAUGAGUAUAGCCUCAAAAAUUCAGACCCGUACACAAAAUCACUUGAUUUAAUUUCAUUCGUUCAAACGGUGUUUUCACGGUCGAUAGUAUGUAAUCCUCAAAUUCGUCCGGCUUCAUGAGUCAAUCAUGUAUUAGAUUCCAGUGCGUUUUCCAAUCCGGUACUGUUCGAAAUAAUAGAGAGUUUAAGUUCGACUUCCGAUACCAGUACCGAUACCGAUGUUUUCACUUCCGUUCUCAUUUUGGUACCAGGAAUUUUAAAGUGUUAAGUUAUCACGACAGAUAAAGUAUAGAACACAUUAAUCGUCACCGAAAAUGUGCGGUAUACUAAACGGCAGCUGAGCUAAAAUUCCGACUAAAACAUGACUCAGGCGAUGCUAAUAAACAAAUAGUUUACAUGUUUAUCGUAAAAAUUAUGAAAUAUCCGAUUUAUAUGAGUUUAUCUUACAAUUCCCCCGACUUCCAAUACAAGGCUCACUUCGGUAGUGGUGACUUCCAACACACUUGUCCUCGUGCUUCUUGCGAGCAGAGAUGCAUUGGUAUUGGAAGUCGAACUUAAACUCUCUAAUACCUGUAAUAGGACCACAAUAGACUAAUUUUCGGGCAUUAUGAAUGUAGCAAAAAUAACAGUUGGCACCUAAAAAAUCAGACAUAUGUACUUAAUUAAUUAAUAAAGCAUGCACUAAAUGUCCGUAAAAUCAAAAUAGGUGCACGGAAUAGUUGUUCAAAUUUGUAAGUAUUUUUUGGUAUUAUUCUUAUUUUUAUAUUUUCAGAUCUAAAACGACAAAAACGAUAAUGGAGGAAAGACUAAUAAUUGAUAAGUAUAUUGUAUUAAGUAUAUUAAAUAAGUAAUGAUUAUAGCUAGGGAAUUGCAUUGAGACACACGCUGAAUUAAGUAACAAUGCUUCAUUUUGUAUCUUUCAAAGUUAUGCUGAAUAAAGUUUAUUAUAAAAACCCUUUGUUGUGUUUUCUUUUGUCAUUUACGAUCUGCUCU